GGGGAGGGCGGGCAGGCAGGGGGAGGAAGGGAGUGGUUGGGAGCCGGGCUGCGGCAGCCUCUGGUCUGCUCACCGGAGGCGCCGACCCCUCCUCCUGCGCCUCGGCCGCCUCCCUCCUCUCUGAGGAAAGAUGCCCUUAGCCCAGGGCGGUGAAGACCGGGGAGAAGUAGCUGCCGGAGCCGCCCGUACCGCCGCAGCUGCCGCCCGUGUCCUUUGAAUUCAGAAGAGCACCCCCCGCCUGGGGCAUCGGGAGCCUCCGGCGCGGCGGUCGCGGUGCGGGUGUGGGAGACCGGGCUUUCCGCGCGGCGCGGCCGGGCCCGGCCCGCGAGCGACCACCGACAUGGAGCGGGCUCGGGCGGCCGCGUAGCCGCUGCCGCGGAGCCCGGUGCGAGUGCCGCCCGCAGCCCGCCUUCCCACCCGGCCGCGCCGCGGGUCAGGCCCCUGGGAGAAGCCGGGAGAAAAAUGACGAGUUUUCUCCGGAAUGCGUUGAAAAUAGGACUAACUGAAAAGCCUUAAAAAGAAGGACCUCGGGAGGAGAAAGGAAAAGCCUCCUUCGGGCAGACUUGGCGUGCUCCGAGCCGAGGGGCUGCUUCGGGGACCUCGCCCCGUCCCUUUCCCAGUGGAGAGAUUGCCGCUGAUGCAUUAUCCAAGUGGUGGUUGGGAGGAUUUGCAGCAAAAUUUUUGGUUUUCCCUCCCCCUUCUAUACAUUCUGUUUUUUUCCUCCUCUAUUUUUCUUCUUCCCGGAAAGUGAAUUGCUGAUGCAAAUCGGACUUUAUUCAUUAAUGAUGCAACCGGAUUCGUUUCAGGAUUGUGUUGCACGAGUUGAAUUUUGAAUGAAGGAGAAGAGUUUUUUUUUUUUUUAAAGAAGUGUUGAUUCUUUAGUUCGUUGUACUUUUAAUUAUUAUUUUAUUUAAAUAUACGAUUUAAUUGUAUUUUUCUUUUUAAAAUGUAUUAAAUAUAUUUUAUGGUAAUUUACCCUCAAAAUAUGUGUAUAUGGGUGAAAUUGAAGACGCUUCAGUUAAGUGAGGUUACUGGUCUGUUGGAUGUUUAAUUCAGCACCGGCAUUUCGUGACAGUUGUUUGAAUAACAAGUGGUUUAUUUUUAAAACCACACCUUUUAAAAUUUAGAUUCAAAUAAUAAAAGUACAAAUCGUGAUAAUAAUUUGAAGGAAAGCCAGCAGAAAUUGAAGCAAACAUGUCUGGAGAAGUGCGUUUGAGGCAGUUGGAGCAGUUUAUUUUGGAUGGGCCCGCUCAGACCAAUGGGCAGUGCUUCAGUGUGGAGACGUUACUGGAUAUACUCAUCUGCCUUUAUGAUGAAUGCAAUAAUUCUCCAUUGAGAAGAGAGAAGAACAUUCUUGAAUACCUAGAAUGGGCUAAACCAUUUACUUCUAAAGUGAAACAAAUGCGAUUACAUAGAGAAGACUUUGAAAUAUUAAAGGUGAUUGGUCGAGGAGCUUUUGGGGAGGUUGCCGUAGUAAAACUAAAAAAUGCAGAUAAGGUAUUUGCCAUGAAAAUAUUGAAUAAGUGGGAAAUGCUGAAAAGAGCUGAGACAGCAUGUUUUCGUGAAGAAAGGGAUGUAUUAGUGAAUGGAGACAAUAAAUGGAUUACAACUUUGCACUAUGCUUUCCAGGAUGACAAUAACUUAUACCUAGUUAUGGAUUAUUAUGUUGGUGGGGAUUUGCUUACUCUACUCAGCAAAUUUGAAGAUAGAUUGCCUGAAGAUAUGGCUCGAUUUUACUUGGCUGAGAUGGUGAUUGCAGUUGACUCGGUUCAUCAACUACAUUAUGUACACAGAGACAUUAAACCUGACAAUAUAUUGAUGGAUAUGAAUGGACAUAUUCGGUUAGCAGAUUUUGGUUCCUGUCUGAAGCUGAUGGAAGAUGGAACGGUUCAGUCCUCAGUGGCUGUUGGAACCCCCGAUUAUAUCUCCCCUGAAAUUCUUCAAGCAAUGGAAGAUGGAAAAGGCAGAUACGGACCUGAGUGUGACUGGUGGUCUUUGGGGGUCUGUAUGUAUGAAAUGCUCUAUGGAGAAACACCAUUUUAUGCAGAAUCUCUGGUGGAGACAUACGGAAAAAUCAUGAAUCACAAAGAGAGGUUUCAGUUUCCAGCCCAAGUGACUGAUGUGUCUGAAAAUGCAAAAGAUCUUAUUCGAAGGCUCAUAUGUAGCAGAGAGCAUCGACUUGGUCAAAAUGGAAUAGAAGAUUUUAAGAAGCACCCAUUUUUCAAUGGAAUUGACUGGGAUAACAUUCAGAACUGUGAAGCACCUUAUAUUCCAGAAGUUAGUAGCCCAACAGAUACAUCGAAUUUUGAUGUGGAUGAUGAUUGUUUAAAGAAUUCUGAAACGAUGCCCCCACCAACACACACUGCAUUUUCUGGCCACCAUCUGCCAUUUGUUGGUUUUACAUAUACUAGUAGCUGUGUUCUGUCUGAUAGGAGUUGUUUAAGAGUUACAGCGGGUCCCACCUCACUGGAUCUCGACGCUAAUGUUCAGAGGACUCUAGACAACAACUUAGCAACUGAAGCUUAUGAAAGAAGAAUUAAGCGCCUUGAACAAGAAAAACUUGAACUUAGCAGAAAGCUGCAAGAAUCAACACAGACUGUCCAAGCUCUGCAGUAUUCAACUGUUGAUGGUCCACUAACAGCAAGCAAAGAUUUAGAAAUAAAAAACUUAAAAGAAGAAAUUGAAAAACUAAGGAAACAAGUAACAGAAUCAAGUCAUUUGGAACAGCAGCUUGAAGAAGCUAAUUCUGUGAGGCGAGAACUAGAUGAUGCUUUUAGGCAAAUCAAGGCUUGUGAAAAACAAAUCAAAACGUUACAACAAGAAAGGGAAGAUCUAAAUAAGGAACUAGUCCAGGCUAGCGAGCGAUUAAAAAACCAAUCCAAAGAACUGAAAGACGCACACUGUCAGAGGAAACUGGCCAUGCAGGAAUUCAUGGAGAUCAAUGAACGACUAACAGAAUUGCACACCCAAAAACAGAAACUUGCUCGCCACGUCCGAGAUAAGGAAGAAGAGGUGGACCUGGUGAUGCAAAAAGUUGAAAGCUUAAGGCAAGAACUGCGCAGAACAGAAAGAGCCAAAAAAGAGCUGGAAGUUCAUACAGAAGCUCUAUCUGCUGAAGCAUCUAAAGACAGGAAACUGCGUGAACAGAGUGAGCACUAUUCUAAGCAAUUGGAAAAUGAAUUGGAGGGACUGAAGCAAAAACAAAUUAGUUACUCACCAGGAGUAUGUAGCAUAGAACAUCAACAAGAGAUAACCAAACUAAAGACUGAUUUGGAAAAGAAAAGUAUCUUUUAUGAAGAAGAAUUAUCUAAAAGAGAAGGAAUACAUGCAAAUGAAAUUAAAAAUCUGAAGAAAGAACUGCAUGAUUCAGAAGGCCAACAACUCGCUCUCAACAAAGAAAUUAUGGUUUUAAAAGACAAAUUGGAAAAAACCAGGAGAGAAAGUCAAAGUGAAAGGGAAGAAUUUGAAAAUGAGUUCAAACAGCAGUAUGAACGAGAAAAAGUGUUACUAACUGAAGAAAAUAAAAAGCUGACAAGUGAACUUGAUAAGCUUACCACUUUGUAUGAGAACUUAAGUUUACAAAACCAGCAGUUAGAAGAAGAGGUAAAAGAUCUAGCAGACAAGAAAGAAUCCGUUGCACAUUGGGAAGCCCAAAUCACAGAAAUAAUUCAGUGGGUCAGUGAUGAAAAGGAUGCACGAGGGUAUCUUCAGGCCUUAGCUUCUAAAAUGACUGAAGAAUUGGAAGCAUUAAGAAAUUCCAGCUUGGGUACACGAGCAACAGAUAUGCCCUGGAAAAUGCGUCGCUUUGCAAAACUGGAUAUGUCAGCUAGACUGGAGUUGCAGUCAGCUUUAGAUGCAGAAAUAAGAGCCAAACAGGCCAUCCAAGAAGAGCUUAAUAAAGUUAAAGCAUCUAACAUCAUAACAGAAUGUAAACUAAAAGAUUCAGAGAAGAAGAACUUGGAACUACUAUCAGAAAUCGAACAACUGAUAAAGGACACUGAAGAGCUUAGAUCUGAAAAGGGUAUAGAGCACCAAGACUCACAGCAUUCUUUCUUGGCAUUUUUGAAUACGCCUACCGAUGCUCUGGAUCAAUUUGAAGAUUCCUUUUCUUCUUCCUCAUCUUCACUGAUUGAUUUUUUGGAUGACCGCUCUCCAUCCUGUGCUCCAGCUAGCAAAGGCAGACGUACUGAUCCCGUUGAGAACACAUAUGUACGGAACUCGAGCGUCAAGUUUUACAUCCAGUCAAGGUCCACAUCUCCUUCCACAUCUAGUGAAGCUGAGCCAGUUAAGAUUGUAGACUCUACUCCACUUCCAGUUCACACACCAACCUUAAGGAAAAAGGGAUGUCCUGGUUCAACUGGCUUUCCACCUAAGCGCAAGACUCACCAGUUUUUUGUAAAAUCUUUUACUACUCCUACGAAAUGUCAUCAGUGUACCUCUUUGAUGGUGGGUUUGAUAAGACAGGGCUGUUCAUGUGAAGUGUGUGGAUUCUCAUGUCAUAUAACUUGUGUAAACAAAGCACCAACUGCUUGUCCAGUUCCUCCUGAACAGACAAAAGGUCCCCUGGGUAUAGAUCCGCAGAAAGGAAUAGGAACAGCAUAUGAAGGUCAUGUCAGAAUUCCUAAACCAGCUGGAGUAAAGAAAGGAUGGCAAAGAGCACUGGCUGUGGUUUGUGACUUCAAACUCUUUCUGUACGAUAUUGCUGAAGGCAAAGCAUCUCAGCCCAGUGUUGUCAUUAGUCAAGUGAUUGACAUGAGGGAUGAAGAGUUUUCUGUGAGUUCAGUCUUAGCUUCUGAUGUUAUUCAUGCAAGUCGAAAAGAUAUACCCUGUAUAUUUAGAGUCACAGCUUCCCAGCUCUCAGCAUCUAAUGACAAAUGUUCAAUCCUGAUGCUAGCAGAUAGUGAAAAUGAGAAGAGUAAGUGGGUGGGAGUGCUGAGUGAAUUGCACAAGAUUUUGAAGAAAAACAAAUUCAGAGACCGCUCAGUCUAUGUUCCCAAAGAGGCUUAUGACAGCACUCUACCCCUCAUUAAAACAACCCAGGCAGCUGCAAUCAUAGAUCAUGAGAGGAUAGCUUUGGGAAAUGAAGAAGGGCUAUUUGUUAUUCAUGUCACCAAAGAUGAAAUUAUUAGAGUUGGUGACAAUAAGAAGAUUCAUCAGAUUGAACUAAUUCCAAAUGAUCAGCUCGUUGCUGUGAUCUCAGGACGAAAUCGUCACGUACGACUUUUUCCUAUGUCAGCUUUAGAUGGGCGAGAGACUGAUUUUUACAAGCUGGCAGAAACUAAAGGGUGUCAAACCAUAACUUCUGGAAAGGUGCGCCAUGGAGCUCUCACAUGCCUUUGUGUGGCUAUGAAAAGGCAGGUCUUCUGUUAUGAACUAUUUCAGAGCAAGACCCGUCACAGAAAAUUUAAGGAAAUUCAAGUCCCAUAUAAUGUCCAGUGGAUGGCAAUCUUCAGUGAACAGCUCUGUGUGGGAUUCCAGUCAGGAUUUCUAAGAUACCCUUUGAAUGGAGAAGGAAGUCCAUAUAGUAUGCUCCAUUCAAAUGACCACACACUAUCAUUUAUUGCUCAUCAACCAAUGGAUGCCAUCUGCGCGGUUGAGAUCUCCAGUAAAGAAUACCUGCUGUGUUUUAACAGCAUUGGGAUUUACACUGACUGCCAGGGCCGACGAUCUAGACAACAGGAAUUGAUGUGGCCAGCAAAUCCUUCCUCUUGUUGUUACAAUGCACCAUAUCUCUCGGUAUAUAGUGAAAAUGCAGUCGAUAUCUUUGAUGUGAACUCUAUGGAAUGGAUUCAGACUCUUCCUCUCAAAAAGGUUCGACCCUUAAACAAUGAAGGAUCAUUAAAUCUUUUAGGGUUGGAGACAAUUAGAUUAAUAUAUUUCAAAAAUAAGAUGGCAGAAGGGGAUGAACUGGUAGUUCCUGAAACAUCAGAUAAUAGUCGGAAACAGAUGGUUAGAAAUAUCAACAAUAAGCGACGCUAUUCCUUCAGAGUCCCAGAGGAGGAAAGAAUGCAACAGAGGAGGGAGAUGCUACGAGAUCCAGAAAUGAGAAACAAAUUAAUUUCUAAUCCAACUAAUUUUAACCACAUAGCACACAUGGGUCCUGGAGAUGGAAUACAGAUCCUAAAAGACCUGCCCAUGCCAGGUUUCCCUUAUACAUCCCCUCAUCAUCACUCCGGUCUGAUCUCCUCUCCGAUCAACUUUGAGCACAUCUAUCACAUGACUGUUAAUUCUGCUGAAAAAUUUCUCUCUCCUGAUUCCGUAAACCCUGAAUAUUCCCCGUCUCUCCGCUCUGUCCCUGGUACACCAAGCUUUAUGACUCUGAGGAAUCCUCGACCUCAGGAAAGCCGGACAGUGUUCAGCGGCUCAGUCAGUAUUCCGUCUAUUAGCAAAUCCCGCCCCGAGCCAGGCCGCUCCAUGAGCGCUAGCAGUGGCCUGUCCGCAAGGUCAUCUGCACAGAAUGGCAGCGCAUUAAAGAGGGAAUUCUCUGGAGGAAGCUACAACGCAAACCGGCAGCCCAUGCCGUCCCCAUCGGAGGGCUCCCUGUCUUCCGGAGGCAUGGACCAAGGAAGCGAUGCCCCGGCGAGGGACUAUGACGGAGAGGACUCUGAUUCUCCGAGGCAUUCCACAGCUUCCAACAGUUCCAACCUGAGCAGCCCCCCAAGCCCAGUCUCACCCCGAAAGACCAAGAGCCUCUCUCUGGAGAGCACCGACCGCGGGAGCUGGGACCCGUGAGCUGUGUGGCGGCUCUGGUCCCCAGCUCCCUUCCACCGCCUCUCCCUCACUUUCAUCCCUUCCCCCACUCAGCCUGAACACACCAGGGCUGGCAGCAGUAGCAGGGCAGGGAGUCGGGAGUCCUGACUACACGACUCACAGAUCCACGCCCCCUCGGCCUGAGCAACAGCAAAGGCAGACUUUGAUUAAGCAGCUUAGAUUAAUACUGAUUUCAUUCCAUACUCUUAGAGUUGCUUUCAAUACUAUUUUACUCCUUCUCCAAAGGUAGCUUAAAUAGGCAGAUUACACAAAUGUAAAUGAUAAGACUAAGACUAGACAGAUUUUGUUUUCACAGUAGAGUCUUAUUAUAGUCCCAAAAUAGCUCAUGGGAUUCUCUGUCCGAAGGGGAGAGUCCGACCCUGCGCGGCACCCUGAGCUCAUUCAGCAACCGCAGUGAGCCUCCACCCGACUGUUGCCAGCAGAUCCAUUCGCAUUAAAGCAAUGCAUAUUUUACUACAUACAGAGUUUAAAUGAAUACAUAAAUGUAGAAGUUAAAUACUGAAUGUAUAUAGUCAAAAGAAGCAUCUUGUAUUCAGUGAAAGAUGAUGCAUAUAUAAGAGAAAGAGAUGAUUUAAUUUAAAGAAAUGUGUUGUUUCUUGUCUGUUUCCCAGCUAAGUAAGUAACGUAAAGGGUAGGCAGGCCUCAAGCUGACAUUUGUAGAGCGCGGAGGAAACGGAGUUCCCUUUAGUGCCUGUCCUCAGGCUGCAGUCACCGGGGAGCUUUGGUUUGCACUGUGACCUGGUAGCGGAGUUUUAACAUCUGAAGCCGCUUCAGCAGCAGCAUGAAAGGGCAAACUCACCUCUACCCAAGCUGUUUCCUUUAUUAGUGGUAGAAUGGGAACCACACUUCUCAUUUUUUGUUUUGAUAUCUUCUGCUGAUGAAUGUAAAAAUACAAUUCUGUCCCCUCUGAUCCCUUCCAGUUGAAAGAGCACAGGGAGUGUCAUGGCUUCUGAAGGUCCAUGUGUGUUUUGUCAAAGUGCUUUUGUUCCUGGGCGAGGCCUCUUCCUCCCCAAGUCGCAGUAAGAUGUCCCUCCUGGGCUGGAGGCUGGAGGCUGGAGGCUGGAGGCUGGAGGCUGGAGACUGGAGGCGGCUUCCCGGGGGGAGUCUGUUUUGUUGAGGGUGGGCGUGAGCUUCCUCAGAUAAGCCGAGGUGGAAAGGUUCUUAUCACCAAAUAAUAGAAAACCUCAAAAGCAAGGACUCAAGCAGCCUUAACCAAAUGUUCUUUCACGUACCCAGUGGAAACUGGCUGUGAUUCACCCGCUUGCAGGGGCAGGACGUGAGCCCGCGCGGACGCGUCCUCCCUCCACCGCUGCACCUGCCGCCAGUUCCAUGUCCGCUCGGAGUCCUGCUGUUUUAGUUGCCACAAGGAAAUGAGAUGCAGAACCAGAAUUUAUUUCAGCAGAGUCAUUUUGGCAGUUAAGCAUAUGAGAAAGAUAUAAAAAUAUCUCAUGUAAGUGAAGAGUUUCUGCUUCUCUUUUACUUUUCGUCUAAGUUUCUCUGAGAAAUAGAAACAGGAUUUUCUCUUAUUUUCUUUAAUAUUGAGCAGAAAUGAAAGAGGUUUCCUGCAGUUACGAAUCUGGGUUGUGUGUUCAGACCCCGUCAUUUCCCUCCUUGCCGCCUUUCCAUGCGCGCCAGCCCCCUGCGCGGGGCACCGGGCCUCAGUGGGAUUGCUGAGACUCAGGGAGGGAGCAGAGGGGCCUGGUGGGGGUUAUAUUGCAGACACUUAGAAUAGGGGAUUAAGAAAAUAAAAGCUUUGACACUUCAACUUUCUGGAUUUGGUGCUAGCUCAGAUUUGAUUAUAUUUUAUUUUGAAUGGGCAUAAUUUGCUGCACAGUUCUAAUUUCCCAAAUCUUUUUGCUUUUUGAAAAGAAGUGUAAAAAUACUUUUGUACAUCACAGUUUCAAGGGUUGGACCUCAGGUUGGGUUGUUGCCAUCUGACUCUGAUCACUCCCUAAAGUUGGCACUGGGAGGAGGGGAGGGAACCCUCUCUCCAGCCAGCCGCUGGGUGCUUGUAACCAGCCGCCGUCACCCAUCUCACCCUCCUGUCCUUUUCUGUCCUCUCCUCUUCCCCUCUCCUCUCUCCCUUCUCUUAAGAGAGGAGACAGACCCAAGCUGAGACUCUACACCAAGCCAUUAGUUUGUAAAUUGUGGAUUUUUGUCUAUAGGUGCUUAUUUUUCAAAGGAUGCUUUUAGGAUCAAAAUAUCACCCUACCUAAAGUCUGGGCUCCACAACAGUGAGUCAGACUGUCCACCCCCCGACAAGCAGAUGAGCGAAAGCCGCUGAGGCUUGUCUUGGCUGCCAGGUUAACUGGGCACCUUGUUCACAUUCACCCCAUGGAUUGCACCACGGCACUUUGAUUUUCCCUGCAACCGUAAGUAGUCUCAUCAGUCACGAUAGCGCAGUCCCAAGUGUGUUUAGGACUGCGGGAGAGAAACGCUGCUGGGGUAUUAGUUUGGGGGAGGAUUUUUCCAAGAUGAUCAUCCUACUGGUCUUGUCCCAUGCUUUAAUAUGAAGCCUGUUACUCUCAGAACCUUCUGAGAGGAAUGAUUUAAAAAGAUGGGGAAUGGGUUCACAGAAAAGAUAUCUUCAUUGCUGUCUGCAGUCAUCCUUUGUUUUCAUGCAGAACAUUUUUAAAAUGCAUAUGGCAGCAGAAACUAAUUUCUCAGUAGAAAGAAAAAAUACAUUUGGAGGCAUUUCUGGGAUAGUGUAUGUGUUGGUAUUUGGUGCUAUCUAUGUCCAGCCAAUUUGUUAUCUACCCUUGAAUUCUGACUAAUUUUGUCAUGUGUUUUGGGUCUAUAAAAUUACGUACAUAUAUAUAUAUUUCUUUUUGCCAAAAACACCCUUCCCCCUUGUCAAGUGAUUGCUAAAGCAGAUGUCAUUCUUUAGUUAUUAAAUAUACAUAUAUUUAUGCACACAUACCCGUACACUUAGUGAUUUAUGUUCUUUCCCACGGGAGCACAGGUUUAAGACUAUGAGAGAGAACUAAAAAUGGCCCAUCUAUUUGUUUUCCAACCAGUUCUUAUACUCAAGCUUCAGGGGAGAAUCUGAAAUUCCUGUCAUGUUUACAACAAUCUGUCGUUUCCAGCUGGCUGUCAGCCUCCUCUUCCAUAUGGUUAGAGUAAUAUAAUUUUGUUACUUAGUGGUCACAUCUAUUUCUGAGAAAGACCAGUUGCAUUUAUGUGGAAUCUCAGGUAUCGUUAAGGAAAAGUCAGAGCAGGGGUGGGCGGACACCCUAACCUGCCAGAUGCAGCAGGGCCAUUUGCCAGCCCUGGCAGGGUCACCAACACCGUCGUCUCCCAGCCGAGUGGGGCUUGGCUUGCCAAGUGCGUGGCUCACCGUCCACUCUGGACACGGGGCACUCGGCAGCCUGCCGCUCCUGCCGCGGGUCGACGUCGCCACAGCCCAAGACUGCUGAGCAAGGGAUUAGCUGUGCUCCUCGCUCCCCCCGCCCGGCCCUGAUUCACAUAAGCUGCAUGGCAUUUCAUUGAGCCCAUUUAAAACCUCUUUCCUUGUUACGACUUCACUUACUACUCAAGUCCAGAGUUCUCUGCGGACUCCUGCUAGAUGGGGAGAGCCUUGCUCCUGACGCAGCAUGGUCCCAGCGGUGCUGGCAGCAGCCGGCAUCCCCUCCUUCCCAGGGACACCGUUCCCCACAGGACACCCUUGCAGUUAGGGGGGAAACUGACUCACAUCAACCUUGAAAUCUCAUGAAAACAAAAUGACCUGCCUUUUUAUUUGAUAGUGUAAUAUCAUUUAUUUUAUAAAUUUUUAAGGGUUUUCCUCAUUGUAAUAUUAUUGUACAGUUUUGCAUGGCCUAGGUGUAAUCAUUUUUUGUUUAGAAUACAAUGCUGACAACUAUGUGUGUAUGGAGGGGAAAAGACAUUGCUUUGGCCUCUUAUCACUCCUUAUUUUAUUUUGUUUGGUUUUUAUGCCCUCAGUGUCUUAGGGAACUUUAUAAGAGAUUCUCUGCUACCAAACAAUUAUGUGGAUCCUUUUGCACAGAAAUAUUUAAGGUGGGAUAGUAAAAAAUGUAACAAGACUCCUCACCAAUAUUUUAUGUUGAUAUCACUUAAUAUUAACCAGACUUUGAUGUAUUGCAAUAAAACAGGGAGCUGUUAGAA